UCUGUCCCAUGCAAUCCAUGCAGAUCACGUCGCGACAUCGCUUCGCUUCUUCCAUCAGAUGGCCGGCCUGGUGCAUUCUAUACUACCGACCAUCGCCAUCGAUACCCCUGCUUCGCGAGGUGACUGUAAGUAGUCCUGCUGCUACUGCAUUCCUCGCUGCAGCGAAUGGAUUGCUUUCAAAAUUUGUGUGAAUUCUGAUGUGCCAAGGAUUUGGUGUUGCGGUAUUACCAGUCGGAGAUCAGUGACAUGGGCGUAGAACUGGAUCCAUAUCCUUCGUCCUACUCAAUGCGUUGGUGUACGGACCGUGGAUGACGAGGGUUUGGUCGGUAAGUCAGGCUGUGUUUGCUGAUCCGUCAAUGGGAAACGACAUGAGGUUUUCUAAAUCCCUUGUCAGGAUUUGCUGAGAUCUGAAAUUUAAAGAUUCCAUUGAAAACAAAAGAUUGUAGCGGCAGCAGGAUACGUCCGAUAUGUGUUUGGGAUGCGCUUCAUGCAGUGCGGAAAACUUGCAUUUCUGCUCAAGGGUAACACAACAUCUGAUUUUGAUUUUACGCAAUUGACGUUGGAGUAAUCGCAUCUAAAUUUGGUUAUGAUGGUUGCGACCAAAUCGGCGUCCCCUUCCCGGGCGAUGAACUCGAAUCGAUCAGCGAAGAGUUUAAAUAGUAGCGGCGCAGCAGACUCCAAAGCAAUAUCAAGAGCCGCAUCAGCUGCAUUCGCUGCUCCUCACGAAUUAGAUCUGCGAAAACCUAAUCAAUCCAACCGGGAAGGGCGUGAGAAGGAUCUUUCCGAUCCAGGCUGUUUGUCAAAAUUCAAAAACUACCAGUUUCGACACGGCGCAUACCCGGGAUACCUAGAUUGCUCUAAACACCCCCUAUGGCUCGAUAGCGCCUUGUCAGAGCAUACACGGAGGCAGGAGUCCCCUGUCAGAGUCAAGUAUGGCAAAUAUGGGAGGACAAAUUUCAAACCCAACGAACGAGUCUGUGGAGACCUCCAAUAUGCCCGCAACCCUACUGCCAAGAAAGCUCACGAAUUCAUCUGGUACAACCUCAAGGACCCUGAUGUAUUUGGACUAAAGCCACCAAGGCGGUGGGAUCCCGCAGGAGUCAAGAAACUCCCACCAAAACCUUUUUACAACAGAGAGGAUGGUCAUCUAUUGCUUAAUAACACUUGCACCAUUGUCAAUCUAUGCUUGAUACCCGAAAUUCGAAGGCUUCAAUGCCAUUUCCUCCCAAAACUUCCAAAGAUACGUUCUGAAAGAAAUUUCGCUACACCUAUUAAAAAGAUCCGCAGACAGGACACAGGUUGGCGAUGGACACAAACUUGGAAACGGCAGUUGAUUCCCUGGUAUACCAGUCAGGGCCCUGACGUGCCUGAGGUCGCUAAGUUGAAGGCACAGGAGCGGUUGGAUCUGGACUGGCAACAUUCACGGCAUCAUUAUAAGAAGAAUCGAGAAACCAUAGAGAAAUUACGAGCCUUUCACAGGAGCGUGAAGGAGAUUGUGAAGCCUACAAUUAAGCCGAUUGAUUAUCAUGUUCCGGUCGGGAGAGAUAAUUUGAAGGGGGUGCGGAUGGUGGAGGACCUAUUUGAAGAUCGUAUUUUAUCGUUUUGGGUGGAUCCACCAGUGGACAUUCUUGAGAUCUUAAAAGCUGAAGAAGAAGCAAGGAAGUUGUUGGAAGAAGAGCAGAAGAGAAAGGAUCCAACGCCCCCACCUCCGCCUUCUCUUUGUGAUGCAUGUCCUUACUAUGGAGAAGAUUUCUGUUACGAAAGUCCACCGUGA